ACCGGAAGUGACUUAGGAAAACAGACAUCCACAUGGUAUCAUGAUUGACUGAUACUGUUAAUUUUAUUUCCCCCCAUUGGUACCUAUAUUUAGUGAUAUAAUGAAAACAAGUUAGAAUUCAUAAUGGGAAAAGCAAAGAAUAAGAGGUACAAAAUUGAGAGACCCAAACCAACCGGGUUAAUGAGUGUCCAAGAAGCAGAAAAUGAGUUAGAACACCAGGCAUCGCCAAAUAGUGGUAUGAUUCAGUCCUUGCUGGAGGAGUUGAAUGGUCCAUCAGAAGAAGGGAGAGAAUGCAGUUGUACAACUAUUGCCAAUCUCGUUUCCCAACCCAGUGCUGUAAAGCUUCUCCUGCAGCAUAACAUUGUAAAAAUUCUCUCCCCAGUCAUUUUGGAUAAAAACCCGGAGAUUCAAAUUAAGGCCCUUGGAGCUCUCAGAAAUCUGAGUGUGGAUGGUGGUGAGACAGUUUGCCAAGAAAUGGUGAAGAAGGACAUAUUGACACCUCUUUUGUCACUCCUGAAACAGUAUGGUUCUAACUGGACUCCAGAGAAACCCUCAGGGAAGAAACAGCAGGACUUAAAGUCUUCCAUUUACACAGAAGCUGUACACAUACUGUGGAACCUGUGUGAGAGUUGUGACGAGGCUCUAGAGGUCUUUAACAGAGAAAACCUGUUUCCGGCCAUGUAUACUUGUAUGCAGCACCUUAUAUAUGGAGUGGAUAUAGCUGUCACUGUGGCCAAUUGUCUUUAUACAGUAACAGAAGACAAUGCCCCAGUCAUCAAGCUGUGUCAGGACCUAGAAGUUCUCAGUCUUCUGAACUCUUUGAUAUCUCUCAGCUCAGACUCCUCUGAUCUUAUCCUCUUAAAAACUCUAGCAACAGGUAUUAUGGUAAAUAUCUACUCUGGAAAGCUGACCACAGUAGGGAGCAGUGUUGUGAUGUCGUUACUGAAGUCCGUGUCAGAUGUUUUGGUGCUGGAUGGUGUGGAGGCAGCACAGAAAAUAGCUGGUGAAUGUCUCCUACAAAAUGGAGAUAAUGCUAUGGUCAGUGAUGAGGAAUGUGGCAAACCACAUAAAAUAGACAUCGGCCAGGAAGAGAUAGAUAAUAAAUUCAAAGAUGUUCAGAAUAUAUUGUCUGCACAACAAGUUGCCUUGGAAAUUGUUGCAAAUGUUUGCUGCAGUGACGAUGAUGGCUGGGAAGAUAUGGAGAACAGCGAGUCCAGCAGCUGUGACGAUGAGGCGGUGACAGAAGAGGUCAUGGAACAGGACACAAUUGAUAUGUUUUCAUCUCUUUGUGUUUCAACUGAAGUCCAACAGGCUGUGAAACAGUUUAGUGUAUUUGAAAAGGUGUGUUUGAAAUGUUCUUCUGUUGACUGUGGUGGUCUUCCAAAAAGGAUUAUUAAAAGCCUUGUUGGAUUACAAACCCAUGCUCUCCUGUGUAUGAACAAUAUGGUGAAUAGCUUGGAUGUGGAUCUGUUAGGAGGAAUGGAGAGACUGCACCAAGUGUGGACAAGUCUAGCCCCCAUUAUAACGAGUAUUAAUAGUGAUCCUGGUAAUGAGGUAUUGUUAGAUGCUGCCACCAGUGCAUUACGAGCUGUGAUACAGAAACUUAGCAGCAUUGGAUCUCCCAAACUGCUGGAAGUGUCCGUAUCUGACCUCCAAUUUCUCUUCGACCUUGGCCGAUCUUGUCACUUGGCUGACAUUAAAGUCAACAUCAUCAGAAUUGUAGCUGCUGUCGGAGUGGUCUUCAGUAAACAGAAGAGUUUACCAAAUGUGGAUAUUUUAAAAAAUAUCGGCAUUUUCUUGUUGACCAUUGUGUGUGGUGACAAGGACCUGUGGGUUGUAUCUGAAGCUCUGGACUGUGUUUUUGAUGUUUUUGGGGAGGAUCAUUUAGACCCUGUGGAUCAGGAGAUAGGGCUGACUGCGAAAUUGUCUAAAGUCAUUCCGGAUAUGAAAGCCAGAGUGAGUGUUGCAAAAAAGAAACCAGAUAUGCAUUACCCUGUGAUAUCCACAGCGAGAACGAACUUGAUUGGGUUUGUGAAAUACAAACUCUCCAAGAAGAAAUCAUAGAUGGAACAUUUUACACCGGGGUCCUUGGCCGACAUGCGUCAGGCUUUUCUUCUUCUUUCGUGCGCUCUUGUGAGCCUGAGGGGCGCACAUAGCGCUGCGACCACAGCAGCGCCCUCAUGUGGCACUGUGCCGGCAGAUAUUGUGUUUUUACUUGAUUCUUCGGGAUCUGUUGGUUCCUCAAACUUUAAUAAGCAGCUAGAUUUUGUGAAAAAAUUUGCUAACACGUUUGACAUUGGACCUCAAAAUGUGCAGAUUGGUGUGGAGACUUUUGCCACGACUCCCCACCAUCAAUUUUUCAUGAACAAAUAUCCAUCCAAAUCUACAUUAUUAAACGCCAUCGGUCAUGUGCCCUACCAAUCGGGUUCCACACAUACAGAUUUGGCUUUGAAAUAUAUUAUGGAUCACGACUUCAAACCGGCUGCUGGGGACAGAGACCACGUGGUCAAUAUCCUUGUUGUGAUGACCGAUGGUCAGUCCAAUGACCGUCAGGCCACCAUCACACAGGCCAACAAACUCCAUGGAAUGAACAUCAAAACUUUCGCCAUUGGUAUUGGCAGUGGAAUUAAUCGUGCUGAAUUAGGACACAUCGCAACUGACGACAAGCACGUCUUUACUGUUUCCAAUUUUGAUGCCCUGAACACCCUGCAAGCAGAAUUGAAGAAAACGGCUUGUGAAGUCGAUGGAGGUUGGAGCAAAUAUGGAUCCUGGUCUCCAUGUUCAAAAACGUGUGGAGGUGGCACUCACUUUAAAGAAAGAUCCUGCAACAAUCCACCGCCAGCAAAUGGUGGUAAAAACUGCGUCGGACAAGCGAGAGAGACGGGAACCUGUAACACUCAGGCCUGCCCUACAACUCCACCCCCCACUACAAAGCCCCCAACAACCCAACCACCCCCUACCACGACCCCAUCACCAGGGUGUGGCGUUGUUCCUGCCGACAUCGUCUUUAUUCUGGACUCAAGCGGUAGUGUAGGGAAUACCAACUUCCAGAAGAUGCUUAGCUUCGUCAAAAACAUGGUUAACGGUAUGGACAUCAGCGCAACAGGGACAGAGGUCGGCGUUAUCACCUAUAGCGACCGCACUCAUUUGGAAUUCCACUUAAACGCUCACCAUGACAAACAAUCCCUCGAUCAAGCCAUUUCUGGCAUCAGAUACAUUUCCGGGGGAACAAACACAGCUGAUGCUUUGAAAUAUGCUAGAGAAACCAGUUUCCAAACAGUCAAUGGCGCCAGAAACAACGCUGCGAAGAUUGCCAUCGUCAUUACUGACGGUAAAUCCACCAGCAGCAUUGCCACAUCUGCUGAAGCUCAGCGACUACAGCAACAGGGCGUCACGGUCUUCUCUAUCGGCGUUGGAACCGCCAACAAACAGGAAUUAGAUGCUAUGGCCACUGAUCCAGAUGCUUCUCACGUUUACGUUGUCAACAAUUUUGAUGCUCUGAAGCAGAUAAAAGGAGAAUUGGCACAAAAAGCAUGCGAAGUAAAAGCAACUACAGCUCCACCACCAAGCAACAGAACAGACUGUGGGGCAAAGGCUGAUAUCGUCUUCCUUUUGGACUCCUCUGGCAGUGUGGGAUCUACCAACUUUAACAAGAUGCUGAAGUUUGUCCAGGGUGUUGCUCAGGACUUCAAUAUCGGACCAAACGAUGUACAAAUCGGAAUAGACACUUUCGCCACAAACCACAAGGCUGAGUUUCACAUGAAUUCUCAUCCAGAUAAACAAUCUUUGGUUUCAGCAAUUGGCAAGAUUGCUUACCACGCUGGUUCAACUCACACAGGAGAAGCCAUCAAGUUUAUGCAUACUGACAGUUUUACUUCAGCAGCAGGGCAUAGACCAGGAGUACCAAAGAUCGGUAUUGUUGUCACUGAUGGUAACUCCAACAAUCGACAGCUAACCGCUGCAGAGGCGGACAAAGCUAGAAAGGAUGGUAUCACCAUGUUUGCUAUCGGUGUUGGACACGGAAUCAAUAAUAAUGAACUGAACGCAAUCUCCACAGAUCCCGACAGCCAGUACACGUUCCGUGCCGACAGCUUCGACGCCUUAACUUCUCUCAAGGGAACCUUAUCAUCAAAGACCUGUGAACAGGCAAAACCAACCCCAGCUCCUGCUCCCAACUGCAAUGCUGGAAGUGUUGCUGACAUCAUUUUUGUUUUGGAUUCCUCGGGAAGUAUCACCAAACCAAAUUUCGAUAAAAUGAUCAACUUUGUCAAGGACAUGGUCAGAAGCUUUGAUAUCGGAUCAAAUAAAAUCCGUAUCGGGUUGGAAACCUUCAGUAGCCGACCCUAUCAGGAAUUUCAGCUGAAUACCCACACCGACAAAGCUUCUCUUUUAGCCGCUUUGGACAAAGUAACUUACAAGAGUGGUGGUACCAACACAGGGGAUGCAAUGAAUACCAUGUACAGCAAAAUGUUCACUGCUGCCAAUGGAGACCGAUCGAACGUUCCCAACCUUGCCAUUGUCCUUACCGACGGAAAUUCCAACAACCACCCCAAAACGGUCAAGGAAUCCAACAAUGCUCACAAGCUUGGCAUCAACGUCUUCUCCAUUGGUAUUGGCCGUGGUAUAUCUAAGUCUGAGUUGAACGACAUUGCCUCGGAUCCUGACAGUGCGCACGUAAUGACCAUUACUAAUUUCAAUCAGCUGCAACAAAUCCAAGGCGCUUUCCAGGCAAAGACAUGCAAUGUUAUUCCACCUACUCCUGGUGCAAACACAACUGUUGCCCCACCAAUCGACCCAUGUCAGGAUGCUAUCUCAGACUGUGCCAGAUAUGGAAAGCCUUCCUGUAAAGGACAGUACCUUGACUGGGCUAAGAUUAACUGCCAGAAAUUCUGCGUAUUCUGUAAUUCUACGGUUUUGACCCCACCACCACCAUGUGCAGACGCACUCGCGGCCCCACAGAAAUGUACCCAGUUCGAUCCAAGUGUGUGUACAGGCCAGUACCAACCAUGGGCUGAGGCAAAUUGUAGAAAAUUCUGUGGAUAUUGUAGUCCUGAUGCAAAGGGACAACCAGGAUAUUACGGAAAGUGCUAUUACAACGGCAAGACAUACUCCCAAGGACAAAGGUGGUCUGACGGCUGUGCUUAUGAAUGUACUUGUGAUGACGCCAGUAAAGGAAAAUAUAGCUGUUACAACAAAUGUCCAGCUUACUACAACCUGCCGCCUCAGUGUACCCUGACGAAGAAGACCGGAGAGUGCUGCCUCCAGCCUGUCUGUAACUUCAACCCACAGUACCAGACUCAGACCGGUCAGAAGGUCGCCAAUGUUAACGGAGUCAAUAUGUGUGUGUAUAACACUAAGAGUUACUACCAGGGCCAGACCUGGUCCGUUGGCUGUGAAUAUGACUGCCAGUGCGUUGAUGCUGGUGCUGGAAUGUGGAGCUGUCAAUCUAAAUGUCCAGUGUACCAGAACCUGCCCGCCGUAUGUCGCUUGGAGACUAAGCCCGGAAAGUGUUGCAAGGAACCAAAAUGUGACUUUAGCAACCAGUAUGGUACAUUCUCUGGUAUUGGAACCAUCUCUGGAAACGGAACUUCCACCACUCAGCCAACCGCCCCUCCACCUUGUGUUGAUAAGAUCAAUAACUGUAACCAAUACCAACUGGCCACAUGUACUGACAAGCUGUACAGAGACUGGGCUUUGGUUAACUGUCCCAAAUUCUGUGGCUUCUGUCCUUUGUUAAACCAACCGGGACCUUACGAUCGUUGUGUGUAUAAGGGUGUUGCCCACAAACAGGGAGAGACAUGGUAUGACGGAUGUGACUAUGAGUGCAUGUGUGAAAACGCAAAGUAUGGGUACUACAGAUGCAACAAAAGAUGUCCUGAUUAUACAAAUCUACCUUUGGGAUGUAACAUGGUGAAGGCAAGCGGACAAUGCUGCCCAACGAUCAACUGUACAGCAGGCUCCCAGGGAACGUUUGUAGGGUCAGGCACGGUACCAUCGUUGGGAGGAUAUCCGAUCCCAAGCAUCAAACCAACAGCGGUUCCUAACCCACUCAACCCUAACGGACCCACCGUGGCCCCACAAUUGGUGCCCAAGCAGAUUGACGGAUGUUACUAUAAUGGUCAGUUGUAUCAGCAGUCUCAGAGAUGGGUGGACGGAUGCAAAUAUUCCUGUAUUUGCGAUGAUGCCAAAACCGGAAGAUACAGAUGUUCUCCAAAAUGUCCCACAUUUAACAACCUGGAUGCUGCCUGCACACUAAUGGAAGACCCUAACGAUCCCUGUUGUAAGAUACCUAACUGUACAGCUGGAGUUGCACUUAUCAAUGUUCCAGUUCCGUCAUAUGGACCCGGUAUUACCGGAUACGGAAUUGCUAAAUAUCCACCCAUAACAGUGACCGGAAGCACAGGCCCUGGUAUAAACGGAAGUGGAACCCCAACCUCUUUCACUGGUUAUGGCCAAACGGGACCCACAGUGUCGGGAGCUACAAAGGGUGUUUGUAUUUACAAGGGACAGAUUCACCAGCAAGGACAAACAUGGGAUGAUGGGUGUGAUUACAGAUGUACAUGCGUGGACGCGUCCAUUGGACAGUACAGAUGUAACGACCGAUGUCCAUCCUACCAGAACCUGCCUCCACAGUGCCGCUUGAAGCAGGAUCCCAGUGACUCAUGUUGUCAGACAUACGUCUGUGACGUCGUCGUUACCACAGUUCCUCCAUUAUUUCAACGUACCACACCAGCAUCUGGAUCAGGAGACUACUGUGUGUACAAGAGCCAGUAUUACCACCAGGGAGAGGAAUGGUUUGAUGGCUGCAGCUCAAAAUGUCGAUGUGAGGACGCUAAAAAUAAAUACUACCAGUGUACAGAAAGAUGUGGACAAUAUUCCAACAUUCCAGUCGGGUGUAGCUACGUCACUGAUCCUAAAGACUCUUGUUGUCGUGUUCCACAAUGCAGUGUGACAGGAAGCACGUCCGGUCAGACGGUCUCGGGAUUCAACCCAGCUGGAUACACCGGAACUUUUACCGGACAAGGCAGACCCCAAGUCGGAUCGGGAACUUACAACUCUACUUCAACGAACGGAUAUUCCAGUGCCUGUAUCUACAAGGGACAAAUUUAUCAGCAAGGUCAGACUUGGCAGGAUGGCUGUAACUAUAACUGUGAAUGUGUGGAUGCAUCAAAGGGUGUCUACCGUUGCAGCGAUAGAUGUCCACGAUAUGGAACUUUACCCACAGAUUGUCACUUGGUUCCAGACGGAAAUGACCAAUGUUGUCAGAAACCGGAGUGCAAUCCAACUGGCCCUGGCGCGUGCAGUGAUGUCAAACCUGACUGUGCAUCUUACGGAGAUUAUGCAUGCCAUGAACCGUACGCUGGUUGGGCCAAAGACAAUUGUGCUAAAUUUUGUGGAUUCUGUGGAAACAGUACUUCAACACAAACUCAAGCUACCUCGGCUCCUGGACCUUGUGCAGACAAGAUUCCAAACUGUAAGGAUUUUGGUACUCAAUCUUGUUCUGGUCAAUUCAUUGGAUGGGCCAAAUACAACUGCGCCAAGACUUGCGGAUACUGUGGUGCAACUGGGACGGGCACCAGUGGAGGAUCAGUCACAGGAACCGGAGGCGGGACCUCUGGAACAGGAUCAGGAUCAGGAUCAGGAGCCUGUCGAGACACUAUUAGUAACUGUGUUGAGUUCACCAAAUCAUCUUGUGUAGAACCUUACAUAUCCUGGGCUGUAAAGAACUGUCCAGCUUACUGCGGAUUCUGUGGGCCCAAUGGCACCAUAAUCGUUACCGGAAAUACGGGUGGUAUAAGUGGAACAGGAACCGGUACAGGUGGUUCUGGAACCGGAACUCAAGGUGGCAUUUCAGGAGUAGGAGUUGUGACCUCUAUACCAGGCAGUUCAUUUACAGGAAACGGAGGUGGAUGUUUGUACAAGGGACAGCUGUACCAACAAGGAGAACAGUGGAAUGACGGCUGUGAAUAUAACUGCACUUGUUCCGAUGCAUCUCGUGGUUACUAUGUUUGCAGGGCUCUAUGUCCUCAGUAUACUAACCUUCCACAAGGGUGUGUCCUCGUCAAACCUAGUGGACAGUGCUGUGCGCAGCCACAAUGUACUGGAGGAACAGGAACAGGAACAGGAUCAGGAACUAUCACAGGAACAGGAUCAGGAACAGGAUCGGGAUCAGGAUCUGGAACCAUCUCAGGAACUGGACAGGGCUGUCUCUUCAAAGGAACUGUGUAUCAACAGGGACAAAAAUUCGAUGAUGGAUGUAAAUACACAUGCACAUGCGCAGAUGCUUCGAGAGGCUACUACACAUGCCAGAAUAAAUGUGUUGAUUGGCAACUACCAGCAGUCUGCACACUGAACCCUCCCGCCCCAGGGAAAUGCUGCAAGACCCCAAAAUGUCCUGAUGGCUAUGUUAUCAAUUAUCCCCCAGGAUACACUGAGCAGUAGUGCUCGUGGAAUUUAUCCGUGAAAAUAUCAAUAAACUUAUCUGUUAAUAUAUAUAGUAAUUGUUGAUAUUAUAAUCUUAACAUUGAAGAUUGUUGAAUAUAAUUCCAUUUCUUCGUUAUUAUGAAUGAAUUUGCAGAUAUAUAUAUAGUAUUCACUGUAUGGAAAUAAAUAUCUCAAGUUCCUG